AUGGUGCUUUGUCGUUUGUUAUGGAGCAUUAUUCGAGAGGGCACUCACAUUUUGAAAUGUACUCCUAUAGAACAGGGUAUUAAGUAUUUAUAUAAUUGUAUUACAUAAAUUAUUUUACUGUAUUUUUUAUAAUAGCAUGAAUUGUACACUACACUAUUACAGUAUCCCACCAAUACUUUGUAAGGAUGGGGCAAUGCAGGGCCGUAGUAUUAAUUGGUAAUUUUGAUACCAUAUUUUAUUCAUUGGGUUCAACUGUGAAAGUGAAACCAUAGAUCUUGAAUUAUUGCACCAUGUCUUCUCUACCACUUUGCAUGGGCAGUCUAGAAUAUUUUUCAGGCAGUUCUGUUUUCUUGGGUUAGCCAGUUGAGCCGCAAUGCUGCCCAGUGUGCCCAACUUAUUUUUUUUACUUGUCUAACGCCAGAUGAUUUUACUUGUCAAUGCAGAAGUUCUGCAGCUUAAUUGGAUGAUGCAAAAAAUCUGACAAUGUCUCUAGUUAAUCCAUUGAGCCGCAAUGCACCCCAGUGUGCCCUACUUUUUUUUUACUUGUCUAACGCAAGACGAUUUUACUCGUCAUUGGGGAAGCUCUGCAGCUUCAUGGGUUAAAGUGUACAAUUCAAAUAUUUUUGAUAAGUCAGACAAAAUGAUAUUUGUAAGCUAGCUCACAGUCCACCUCGGUCUGCUUCAUGCCAGUUCCGGCUCUAAUGUAACCAGUCACUGAAAAAUGUUGAUAGGGAGUGUGCUGAGUAGUAUAUGUAUAUGUAUGUAUAUGUAUGUAAAUGGCAAAAAGUCAGCCAAAUUUUUUUCUGCCCCCUUAAAUUUUUCCUUCCCAUAUGCCUAUAAGUACUAGUAUAUAUAUAAGAUCAAAGAAGAUUAAUAGAGCUGAUGGUGCAGGUAAUUGUUGCAAAAAUUUUACAAAAGGAUUGUUUACAAGCUAGUGCAUGGACUAUUUACUAGAAAUAGUCCUUUAGCCAAUGCCAAAUAUUUCAAAUCAUCUCAUUUAAACUUGUCCCAACCGGUGUUCAUAUGUAAUGUUACUAUGAUGCUAAUUUUUAUAGUGGCCCUCUAAAGGGCUCUAUACUUGAAAAUGUUUGGAUAGGAGCCUAUAGCUAACUUGAAAUUGAGUGCAAUGGGCAUUUAAAUAUUGCCAUCCUCUCAAUUCUCAAAUUAGGGGCCAAGAGUAAGUUGCCCUCUCUGCCUCAGACCCUUUUCCCAUCUCAGUGGCUCUGAACAUGCAUGGGAAAGAAGAACCAAAUAUCGAACAGGGCAACUACUACAGUCGUGCCAAUAGAAGCGUUCCGAAAAAUGUUGACCAGUUCAUUUCCUAUUAACUUCGAGGAGUUCCUCUGAACAAUUCCUCAACAAUUUGAUAAGUUCCUUAAAAAGUUCCUAACUUCCUGUUUCAUUGACCAAUCAUAUUUAAUUUUUGAGCAAUCUGAUUGGUCAAUGAAACAGGAAGUUAGGAACUUUUUAAGGAACUUAUCGGAUUGUUGAGGAAUUGUUCAGAGGAACUCCUCAAAGUUAGGAAAUGAACUGGUCAACAUUUUUCGGAACGCUUCUAUUGGCACGACUGUAAGAGAGGGUUGAAAAUGCCGAUUGUUGUAAACUUUAAUUUAGCACCAGCCUGUCUUGAAGAUAAAAGCCUUGGAGUUCACAACUAUGUGACAACAAAAUCUAAAGUGAAAUUUCACUAUGUUGCUAAUGGGGAGGUUGGUAAACCUCUGAUGCUGUGUCUCCAUGGAUUUCCUGAG